GCCAGAUAAAGUCACGUGCCUGUGAUAAUCAAAAAAGUUUUGAAGCUCGCGAUGAGUCGAGGAGGGGCGGAAGGGACAUCACACCAGCAACGGCCGGCAGCAGUGGCUGUUUACCUUGGUUAUUACAGCGGAUGUACUCCCUUUACUUACUCAUGGAAUGCAGAGGACGAUAGCAAGCGGAGACCUGAAGCCAUUGGCUUGUUUGUGAAAGCAAAGGCUAGGCCUAGCACGUUGCCUUCAGGAUGAUGGCCACAGAUGCUCUGCCUGUUGAUCCGGGCAAGAUCCAGGUCAUAGAUCGGGUACCCAAGGUUAUUAAAGAAAUCAAUUUCGGUGUCCUGUAAGUGCAUAUAUACUACUUACUCUCUACGUGAAAAUGAACUAAUGAAUGGCUCGCACAGUUCAAAUCAGGACAUCAUCAGCCAAGCGCACGUUGAAAUCUCAGACAGAAAGCUUUUUGAUCUCGAUAAUAAUCGCGCGGUUGCUCGAAAUGGUCCCAUGGACCCUCGCCUUGGUAUAUCUAACAAGUCAGACACAUGCGAAACCUGCGGUGGUGAUCUACAGGAAUGUAACGGGCACUUCGGAUACGUUCGACUCGUCCUCCCUGCUUUCCACGUCGGAUAUUUUAAGCGCACUAUCGAGAUAUUACAGGAUAUUUGCAAAGUAUGCUGGAACAUAUUGACGUGUAUUUUCCCUUUUCUUAAAGGAUAUGCUAAUUCUGUUUGCAAUUGUGUGGAUAGGAUUGCUCCAAGAUUCUGCUUCCAGAAGACGAGAGAAGGUCAUAUUUAAAAGAACUACGGCGACCUGGGUUGGACAAUUUAAGGCGCAUGCAGAUAAAUAAGCGCAUUAAUGUCAGGUGCCGGAAGACGCCGGUAUGCUUCUACUGCAAUGCAAUCAACGGAACAGUCAAGAAAGCGAGUACCGGAGCUUUGAAGAUCGUGCACGACAAGUUCAGGGCUUUCAAUGCUUCUCUCUCCGCUAAGAAAAUACCUCCACCCAGCAAACUUGCCUUUGACCGAUCCUUUGAGGAAGCGAAAAAGUCCAACCCGGAUAUCGAGAAGCAUUACAGACGUGUUUUCGAUGACCUAAAUCCUCUUCGGGUGCUGAAGCUGUUUCGUCGGAUUUCCAAUGAAGAUUGCGAACUGCUUAGUUUGAAUGUGGAUGGAGCUCGGCCUGAAUAUUUCCUUUGGCAGUUUAUCCCCGCGCCCCCCGUUCCUAUUCGGCCAUCCGUCGGCCAAGAGGGAGCUAGUACGGAAGACGACCUGACUGCAAAACUGGGAGACAUCGUCCAGAGUAAUCUAAAUUUGAAAAUGGCUCUGGAUAAGGGAGCUCCUGUCCAAACCAUCAUUGAAUGCUGGGACUACAUGCAACUUCAGAUUGCAGUGUACGUUAACAGUGAUAUCCCAGGCUUACAGAACACGGAUUCAAAAAAGACCAUUCGAGGGUUAUGCCAAAGGUUAAAGGGCAAGCAGGGGCGAUUCAGAGGAAAUUUGUCGGGAAAACGUGUUGAUUUUUCCGGACGAACUGUCAUCUCACCGGAUCCUAAUUUGCGCAUUGACGAAGUUGCCGUUCCACAGCUGGUUGCCAUGAAUAUGACCUACCCAGAGCGAGUAACAAGAUACAACAAAGAAAAGCUACGCCAAUGUAUACGGAAUGGCACAAAAACCUGGCCUGGGGCGAACUAUCUGAUAAAAGAAGGCAACUCAUUCAGGCUCUUUCUAAAGUAUGGCAAUCUGAACAUGAUAGCAAACCAGCUUCGGGAAGGUGAUAUAGUUGAGCGGCAUUUGGAAGAUGGGGAUAUUGUUCUGUUCAAUCGUCAGCCAUCCCUUCACAAACUGAGUAUCCUUUCGCAUUUCGUCAAAGUGCGACCUCAUAGGACAUUCCGGUUAAAUGAAUGUGUUUGCAACCCGUACAACGCCGAUUUCGAUGGUGAUGAGAUGAACUUGCAUGUUCCCCAAACUGAAGAAGCAAGGGCUGAAGCUAUGGAACUUAUGGGAGUCAAAAGCAACUUGGCCACACCCAAGAACGGAGAGCCAAUUAUUGCUGCUAUUCAGGAUUUCAUUACUGCUGCCUAUCUGCUCAGCAGUAAGGAUAAUUUUUUUGAUAGAAAAACAUUUACUCAGAUAUGUCUAUCCAUGCUCGACUCUAGCACCCGAUUCGAGCUCCCACCACCAGCAACUAUUAAGCCGCAAAUGCUCUGGACCGGCAAGCAAGUGUUCAGCGUUCUCAUGAGACCAAACAAAGACUGUCCCGUCAAAGUCAACCUUGAUGCGGCAUGUCGUCAACUCAAGCUCGUCAAGGGCCAGCCGAGAGAUCUAUGCGAGAAUGACGGAUGGCUCUGUAUCCGCAAUUCAGAAAUGUUAUGUGGUGUUGCAGAUAAAUCAACAAUCGGAGCUGGAAAGAAGGAUAAUAUCUUCUUCGUCAUCCAAAGAGAUUUUGGGUACGCAGCCGCUGCAGAAGCCAUGAACAGGUUGUCGAAACUCUCUGCCAGGUGGUUGACAAAUAAGGGCUUCUCAAUUGGUAUCACGGACGUAUAUCCAGGAGAAAGCCUAGUCAGGCUAAAAGAUACCUUGAUUAACACUGCUUUUCAGCAAUGUGAUGAUCUAAUCACAGCUGCUAGUAAAGAGAAACCUCAAAUGGGUAAAUCGGACAGCCGCCAAACGGCAGAGAACGAAAUCACCGGUAUCCUGAACAAAGUCCGUCAGCAAGCUGGUGAAUACUGUAUUUCAGAACUAAGCAAGCACAACGCACCCCUUAUUAUGGCAACAUGCGGCUCCAAGGGAUCCAAUAUCAACGUGUCUCAGAUGGUAGCUGUCGUCGGACAACAAUCCAUUGAAAACGCUCGUGUCUCCAAAGGGUUCCAAGACCGUACCCUACCACAUUUUGCUCGCCAUUCCCAGCAUGCUCUUGCAAAGGGUUUUGUGCGGAACAGUUUCUUUUCUGGACUUACUCCUACCGAAUUUCUUUUCCACGCUAUGUCUGGCCGUGAGGGUUUGAUUGAUACCGCCGUGAAGACUGCAGAAACAGGUUAUAUGUCUCGAAGACUUAUGAAAUCUCUCGAGGAUCUAUCUACUCGGUAUGACAAUACUGUCCGAGAUUCUUCUUCGUUUAUCAUCCAGUUUCAGUAUGGAGAUGAUCAGUUGGAUCCUGUCAACAUGGAGGCUUCAGCCAAGCCCGUUCACUUCGACCGUACCUUUACACAUGCAGAGAGUACUACAUACGACAAAGAUGAGAAGGGCCUAUCUGCGGAUGAAAUAUUGGCCCUAUGUGAAGAACUCAUCGCUCCAGAGCGCAAGAAAUUGGUUCGGUACGAUCUACUCGGAAACACACUCUCCUAUAAAGCUAAAAACGACUUCGCUACCGACCAGUGGGAAAGCAACCGUGACUUCUUAAGUUCGAUUGAAGAGUAUGUUGCAGCAAAAGCUACACAACUUAGACCUAGCGAUAACGAAGAAGGCAAAGAGCAGAUGGCGUUUACGCAUACUAGCAAAAUUUCCGCUAGAACGCUCAAGGCUUUCAUCACUUCGUGUUUGGAUAAGUAUAUGCGUGCACAUGUCGAGCCUGGCCACAGUAUAGGAGCCAUCGGUGCACAGUCCAUUGGAGAACCUGGAACACAAAUGACACUGAAAACUUUCCAUUUCGCUGGUGUUGCUGGUAUGAGUAUUACUCAAGGUGUUCCGCGUAUCAAGGAAAUUAUCAACGCAUCGAAAGAGAUCAGUACGCCGAUUAUCACCUGCGAGCUUGUGAACAAGACGGACAUGCGUAUUGCGGAGAUCGUCAAAGGCCGAGUUGAGAAACUGUUCCUCAAGGAUAUUGUCUACUACAUCGAAGAAAACCGCUCUCAGACAUCCUCUUUCAUCAACAUCAAGGUUGACUUCUCAACGAUCAAAAAGUUGCAGCUUGAGUUGACACUACGGCAGAUCUUACUUGCCAUUAAGAAGCACAAAGCGUUCAAAGCCGCUGACCUGACUUUCCGGUCCUUCAACUCGCAUAUCCACAUCUACGUGGAUGAAGGUGCCUCAAUGGCGGGCGUUUCGGUCUCUGAGCAAAAGAUCACCGGCUCAGACCCAUACAUUCGAAUCAACUAUUUGAGGCGAAUCCUGCCGAACAUCCAAGUGUUCGGCUAUCCGGACUGCACCCGAGCAGUGAUUCGUGUCGGAGAAAAAGUUGCCACUAACAUUCUUUUGGUUGAAGGAUAUGGCCUCCGGGCAUGCAUGACGACUGACGGCAUUGAGGGCCACCGUACCCGCACCAACCACGUCAUGGAGAUGCGGGACGUUCUUGGUAUCGAGGCGGCGCGAACGACGAUUAUCGACGAAAUCAGCUCUGUCAUGUCGGGCAUGGCGAUUGAUCCUCGGCAUAUGCAACUCCUUGCAGAUGUUAUGACAUAUAAAGGCGAGGUGCUUGGAAUUACCCGUUUUGGGCUGGCUAAGAUUCGCGACUCAGUUCUUCAGCUGGCGAGUUUUGAGAAGACGGCGGAUCAUCUCUUUGAUGCGGGUGGUGCGGGCAGACGUGACACCGUCCAAGGUGUGUCAGAGUGUAUCAUCAUGGGCAAGACUAUCUCAUUGGGCACAGGUAGUAUGGAGGUUGUUCGAGACCUGAAGCUUCUCGACAGCCAUGUGGGUAAGAAGAAGACAGUAUUUGAUGACGCGUGGAGGGACAUAUGUGAACCGAAGCAAAGAAGACGGGCUCUUCCUCAUAUGGCUAUGGCUUGCUAGGUGGGAACCCACUCUCCGAUUCGCAUCACGGGCUGAAUGUCUCGUAUGCGCAGACCACAGUUCAGUUUCGGGUGGUUCGAUAAGCAUCUGGAAUCGGAUCUAUCUCUCAGCUGCAAGAUAUCCUUCUCUUGGACGGACAUCCCGGUGUUUCAAAUCGCGCGGCUACAGCCUACGAAGGCAAAGAACCAAGCAAACACCCCCGGUCAUUCUGACUUGUCUCCUCGAUUCCACUUGGCGCCAUCUAGACUCCCAUUCCAGGAAGCAACCAACGUUCGCUGAAAAGCAACCAAAUGCCGAGCACGCUGGACCCGCAGGGAUACAAGAAUGCCUUGCAAUCUGUUAUACGGAAAGUAUACUCGUUCAAGAUAAAUAAAUUAAUUGGUCGCACGACAAGGUUGAAUGCGUCGCUCCUUGUCAAACAAACUGCCUGCAUCUUAUCCAUCCCUUGUACGAUGAGAACGACCAUCUCAUCGUCCUCUUUCUUGUAUUCAUUGGUUUGCUUGCAUUCAGCCCCCAAAACUGCUUAUCUGUUUUACCGCCUGCAUGUAUGUAUAUAUGUA